GCAUUUCAACUAAGGCUUUUUACAAAUUGUCCCAGCAGAUGUAUUCCUGGUAAAGGGAUGUUUCAGUUUUCAAGAGAACUGAACUGAUUUGGGGGUCGUGCUUCUUUAAAAAAAAAAAAAAGAACCCACGCAUUAAGACGGGUCCCUAGACUUGCCUGUGCUGGAGAAAGGGGGGCUUGGGCAAGCGUCUGUCUGCUUGUCAGAGAAAAGCCACGGGGAAACUACGUGCUAGACAGUCAAGAAGAGGAUGGCUAUGAGGUGAGAACAAUUGAUUAUAUGCUCCUUUACUCACCAAUGCUAUUGGUCCUAAUAUUAUGCAGCCAUAAAGUCAGCAUUUAAUUACAAUUUUAAUGUACAGACGCAUUUAUAAGUGCAGUUGCUGACAUUGAGACUGGGCCCUGUUUUUUUUUUCAAAUUAGGUGUCCAAAUGUUUUUGACAUGGAGAACCGAUAAGGGCCCAAAUGAAGCACAUGCUGCAGGCACUGGAUGGUUUGGGAGCUGUUCGCAUAAUACGUCUGAUCUAAGGCUGCAAAACGUGUCAGUGCACGACAUUUAAGCUCCCUUUUCCCCUCAGUUGCACAUGUUUAAAAGGAAGGUUUGUUUAAAAAAUAAAAAUAAAAAAUCUAAAAACUGAGCACCAACCAACCACAGUACCUUUAAAGAGUUAUUGGUGGCUGUAAUCAUUCCUCGUGCCCACGCUGGCUGCAAAGAGAUCUAUUCCUAGGGCAAUUUGAAUUUAAACAGGACAAAAUGCACGGUCACUGUUCUAUAUAUUCUGUUAUUCAGCUAAAAAUAAUGAGACUUCAGCAGCCCGGGUUAGUCAAAUCAAGUGGGUAUGCUGUAAGUUGGUCUUAUUCCAAGUAUCCCUAAGCAGUAAUUUGGUUUUAUAAUGAAGUUACCUACUUCAUGUAUACUUAAAUAUCCAUGAGAUAUAUUAUAAUAUACUGACUUGCAUAUAAAGUGGACUGUGGACCCUGAAUUUGAUCUUGACCAGAUUUCUGUGCAGCAAAUGUGGACAGGAGGAUUGAUUACAGCAACCAAUAAUUCUUUAUUUUCCAUACAAAGUAAUAUGUAGUAUGUAAAGUAUUUUAUUUAAAUGAGAAUUUUAUUUUAGAAUAAAACUAUAAACUAUAAUAAAAAUUAUCUGUAGGCCUCCCAGUUGAUCACAAACAUGAUUGCUUUUUCCAACCUGACUUUAGCUUUUAAAUAUCCAGCAACUGCUUGAUUAGCAUCUACAUGAAUUUUCCACUGCUAACUGUGAUUUCCCAGUUGAUUGACUGGUGACACUCCAGCUGCAUAUGCUGCCUGUAUUGUUCUAUUCCAGCAUGUGCUCGCACACUUUGUCUGGGGCAUUAGGGUGUUAAUGGAUUACUGAAAGGUGUUGACUCAGGUAUGUGUGUGUGUUUGUGUGUGUGAACGAGGGUGGUACAGUGCUCAAAGUGUGCUGGGAUCUAGUUGAGACACUUAUCUCCAGUUCCCAUUUCUCUGCCACUACGCUGUGAUCCGUCUCCUGUCGUCUCCCCCUUGCUUCAUCCUUUUACUGCCUCACCCCUGCACUUUAGUUAGCAGCAUUUAUUCUCUGUUUUCUCUUUGCAAUGUCUCCUCUUUGCGCUGCCUAACAGUCACCUACCCUCAACAUGGAUAUUGGAGGACUGACCACAGUGGUAGCGAAUUCUGCUUACAUAAAUGCCCGUGGAAGCAUUGAUGGCUCUAAUGCACCAGCUCGGGAUAAGAAGUACCAUUCUCGCCUCAAACUGCCACACAUCACUGUGUGUGAGGGCCUGAGGGAUACCCUGGAUUUGAGCUUUGACACAGUCUGCAGCGAACAGCCCAUCGGAAAACGCCUCUUUAGGGAAUUCUUGAAUGCAAAUCAAGAGUAUCAUGGGUCUUGCCGUCUGUGGAAAGACAUCGAGGACUAUGACCUGGCGGAGGAUUCUGACAGGGCAAAGAAGUCCUCAAAGAUUGUCCAGCGGUACAUGGAACCCUCUGCCAAAUACUACUGCCCGUUCCUGCCUGAGGACAUCAUAGCCAAGGUGAAGGAAGGCCUGGAGGCUGCAGGCGAUGAUUUGUUUUCCGCAGCACUGACCACAACGUUGAACUUUCUGCGGGAAGCCCCCUAUACUUUCUUCAUGGAGAGCUUGUAUCUGAAGAGGUACCUGCAGUGGAAGUGGCUUGAGAUGCAGCCCAUGGAUGCGGACUGGUUCUUAGACUUCCGUGUGCUGGGGAAAGGUGGGUUUGGAGAGGUGUCUGCCUGUCAGAUGAAAGCCACAGGAAAACUGUAUGCCUGUAAGAAACUCAACAAGAAGAGGCUGAAGAAGAGGAAAGGCUAUGAGGGGGCGAUGGUGGAAAAGAGGAUUCUUGAGAAGGUUCACAGUCGCUUCAUUGUGUCACUGGCGUACGCCUUCCAGACAAAGGACGAACUUUGUCUGGUCAUGACCAUCAUGAAUGGAGGAGACCUCAAGUACCACAUCUACCUGGUGGAUGAGAACAGCCCGGGGUUUGAGGAGCCCAGAGCCUGUUUUUAUAUAGCUCAGAUCAUCCAAGGCUUGGAGCACCUCCACCAGAAAAGAAUCAUCUACAGAGAUCUCAAACCAGAAAAUGUGCUGCUAGAUAAUGAUGGAAAUGUGCGCAUAUCUGACCUGGGUCUUGCUGUGGAGCUAAAAGAAGGCAAAACAAUGACCAAAGGAUAUGCUGGGACACCAGGGUACAUGCCUCCAGAGAUGCUGAAAGGAGAGAAAUAUGACAUGUCGGUCGACUACUUCACUCUCGGAGUGACCCUAUUUGAGUUCAUGGCUGCUAAGAACCCAUUCAGAAACAGAGGGGAGAAGGUUGAACGGGAGGAGAUGAAAGAACGCAUGCUGACACGAGUGGUGGUGUAUCCAGACAAUUUCAGCGAGCACGCAAAGUCACUCUGUGAUGGGCUGCUAGCCAAAGAGGUCGACCAAAGGAUGGGUUUUAAGAACGGAUGCUGUGAUGAGCUCAGAGCACACUCAUUCUUCAGUAACCUCAACUGGAGGAAACUGAAUGCAGGUAUUCUGCCCCCUCCUUUUGUCCCUGACCCUAAAGUGGUGUACGCUAAAAGUCUGGAUGACGUUGGGGCUUUCUCUUCGGUGAAGGGAGUGGCCUUGGAGGAUCCUGACAAGACCUUUUUUGAUGAGUUUUCCUCAGGCAACAUCCCCAUCCCCUGGCAAGAGGAGAUGAUCGAGACAGGCAUUUAUGGAGAGCUCAACGUUUGGGGUCCUGAUGGCAGUGUCCCCGAUGACCUUCGCAGGGAGUCCAUUCUAGAGCAGCCAGCCAAGUCAUCGACCUGCUGCACAUCGUAGAGUAAUUGAAACACCUUGAAAUUACAUCAACCAUCCAGUGUGCAGACUUGUAGUUCUUCAGAACAUGAAGAUGCAAAUACUCAGGACAGACACAAGUGUCGUCUGAACUCUCUUAUGGCAGAGUUGAAACUGUUUGAGAUUCUAAAAGUUUAAUGGUGAAUGCAGAAAACAACCAGAACAGAAUGGAGGUGGAUUUUCAACCUGGAAUUUAAGAGUUUAAAAAAAAAAAAAGAAAUGUAUUGAUAUUAUAUUCUACGACUGCACCCUUUACACUCUCUCUUCAUCUUCUCUUUCUUUGUCUCGCAAUCUGUUCACUCUCUUCUCUGUGUGUAAUGUGUUAAAUUAUUGUAAUGCUUUUAGAUCUAAAAUGCAUUUUAAAAAUCAUAUUUUUAAGCAGGGGUUUAGUUAUGUGGUAUGUCUGGUGCUAAGUGACAGUCACAUGUUGAACAUGUAAAAUGUUAAUUUCCCUCUAUUGCAUAUGUGUCCUAUAGAGUGUAUGCCAUUUAAUGGAAAUCGAUUUUGUUUCUUUUUGAGUUAACUAACCUUAGUUUGACUAUUUAUAGCUAAAUUAACUGCUGAUGUUGAAAUACCAAAAGCGAAGACUCCAGAAACGCAAAGUUUCAUACUUUUGGAAAACAGUUUUCUUAUGUUUACUUCAUGGUUCAUAAUUGACUCUUUGCAUGGAUAGCCAAGAGCAGAGCACCUUUGACAAAGGUUUAUGUAUUAUAGUCUAGUUGUUAUGAGACAAAUUUGAAUGUAGAGAAAUGUUACCAGCAAAUCAAUUUAUUUUUAAAAACAGCAUAAGAUGAAUAAAUUCAGAAAUAUCAAAUGUAUGAAAAAGUACUGGCAAAUAAAAUAGCUUAUUGAAAUGGAAA